UCUGUUCUAGUGCCUGCAAAUCAUAUACCAGAUACUGAUGUACAUGUUGUCCUCUCUAUUAUUCAAAAGCUCCCUGGUCGAGUGGCCCAUUUCUGCUACUCUCUCUCACACUCUCACUAUCCAACUUCUAAUGUGUUCCUUCCAUCUUCUCAAGACUCCGACAUGAUUGUACUAUUGUACCUCACCAUUCUGAAUUGCCUCGUCGUCCUCUUCCCGCCAUCAACCAUUCGACAUCAGAUGAAAUUUUUUUUUACCAACAAUCCCCCCCCCUUUUCUCUCUCUCGCUCUCUUCCCCUUUUGCUUUUCAUUCUGUAGGAGUUUUCUACAGCACCAUUUCAUAAUGCCCAUGAUGGAUGCGAUACUUAGUUGCUUUGUCUUCAUGUUUUAUAUGUAGAUGUCCAUAGGGGUUAAAAAAAUGUCAAGACGAUGUAAAGUUGUAAAAUUAAGCUGGAAACAAAGAAGGAUGGGCAAAUAUUUAGGAAUACCUUAGCUUUGUCGUCCAAUGGAUGCAUGAAGUUCUAGAAGACAUUGACUAUGAUGAAACCGUCCGGUUUUGUGAAUUUGGCAUUUAGGAAAAUAGUUGAACUCCUGAAGGUGUCGGAAUGGCAACUUCCAGAUCCAGAAAACUAUUCGUCAUGUGCUCUGUUCUAAUGGGCUCCCUUUUCGCUUACUCUGCCUCUGUUCAGCUGAACGACCCUGACUGGUACUUUUGGUUUCCACUGUAUUCCUGUGCCUGCAUCGUUAAUCUGACGAACAGCAUCAUCUCCGCCAAACUAACCAGGCAAAUUGCAAAGCUUGCCCUGUGGCUUGGGAUGUUUUUGUUUGUCAAAGUUGUGGUGGAAGAUCUGGUGAACGGAAUAUCUGGGUUUUUGUCAAUGGAUUUAAGUGAGAGAGUAGUCAGGGAGAAAACUGGAAGCCUACUUGUUAUCAUAUCCAUGAUCCUGCAGUUGCAACAAUCAUCUGCCCCAAAUGAGCCCUCAAGUUUUGUAAAUUACGGCAUGCUGCUGUUGGUGUUUUUCAGUUGCAUUCCAAGCCUGGUCUUCGUGGUAGGAAAAAGAGAAAUGAAGUUCUAGCGUUGGCAAAGACCAGUCACUUUUGGCACCGUCUGAAGAUUGUAGUUUAUCGUAGCUACUCAAGAACACAGUCAACCCACGUAUUUCAAACUAGCAAGAACCGAUCUGCCAUUUUUAAAGUCGUGCAAGUAGCUAUUCUCAGACAAUUACUCAGAUUCUCGUUUCCGGUUGUCUGUUGCCCCUUCUAGAUUUUGAAUAGGAGCAUGCAAAUGCUUUUACAGUGUGCUAUGCUCAUUUUGUAAAUCGUUAAUAGUAUUUUGUGAUGUCGGAAGCAUGUCUCAGUCCAAUGAUCAAGUCUGCUCAGUACUUUUUAAUGCAUUUCAGGGAAA